AAUUCUUUAAAUUUUCUUAAUUGACAUCACAUCAUAUUUGAAUAAAAUAAAUAAAUGGUUGGGUAAUCAAAAUCACAAAUUGGUGACAAAUUCCAUCACUAUGCAUAUUAUUUUCAUUUCCCCCUUUAUAAUCUUCCCUUCAUGCCAUCAUCAUUUCUCCAACUUCAACACAAAAACAUAAUGAAGAACAUCAUGAAUGGCGGCAGCAACACAAAGCUAAUCCUUCUCCAUCCCUACAUCCAAAAACAAAGCACCCCCAAUCGCCUUUGGAUCUUGUCUUUCAUCUCUAUCUUCACCAUCAUCUUCCUCAUCACUUUCAUUUACAGUCGAGAAUCCACAGCCACUACAUUCACAUCGGCCGCCUCCGCCUCGCCAGCCAUUCCCAAGACGGUUAUAAAGGCCCUCCUCCAUUACGCAUCAAAUUCGAACAACACAGACAGAAUGUCAGCAUCCGACAUUAAACCUAUUGCUGACACCCUCCGAAACUGCCCUAAUUCUCCAUGCAAUUUCCUAAUUUUCGGUUUAACCCACGAAACCCUCCUAUGGAAAGCGAUGAAUCACUUAGGUCGGACUGUCUUCAUCGACGAGAACCGCUACUACGCAGCCUACUUCGAGGAAAAGCACCCGGAGCUUGAGAUCUACGAUGUGCAGUACACCACCAAGAUGAGCGAGAUGAAGGAGGUGGUGGCUUCCGCCAAGGAUGCUGCCAGGAACGAGUGCCGUCCAGUGCAGAAUUUGCUCUUUUCUGAUUGUAAGUUGGGACUAAACGAUUUACCCAAUGGGCUCUAUGAGGUGGAUUGGGAUAUAAUCUUGGUUGAUGGUCCUAGAGGGUAUUGGCCAGAAGGGCCAGGUAGGAUGAUGUCUAUAUUCACUGCAGGUGUGCUGGCUAGGAGCAAGAAGAAGGGAGGUUUGGGAAGAACACAUGUGUUUGUUCAUGAUUAUAAUAGAGAAGUUGAGAAAUUCACAACCGACGAGUUCUUGUGCAGAGAUAAUCUCGUGACCAAGCCUAAAGACAUGCUUGGACAUUUCGUACUAGAGAGAAUGGACGAGGGAAGUUUCGAAUUCUGCAAAAAUCAUUCAUCGGGUGGUUCUUCUGCCUCUUCUCCGAGUUCAACUCCAUUUUCUUGAUAAAAAUAGGAUAU